AAAAAAAAAGGACUUGAACUUGCAUCUGGCACCAAAAUAUCAAUCUUUCUCACACUUGCAAAUGCAAUACGAUACUUCAAACGUUUCCAAAGCUGAAAUUCGUAGCCUUUCGACGAGGCUGCCCCACACUUCAGCCUCGCGAGCUCAUCGCGUCCAUCGCGUAAACAAACUUCUUUCUAAUUCAACACCAACUCAUCCCACCACAGUCUCCUCAACCUACAGCCCGAAUCUCCAUACCGCAUUCACAAAAUCACCACCCUCGAAGAAAAUGCCCUCCCAAACACCACCCUCCCCCUCCCCUCCCCCCACCGCUCCCGUCGCCCUCACACCCGGUCCCCGCGCAGCAGCCUUCACAAAACUCUACUCCGACGCCCUCGCAAACACAUUGAAAGCAAUCUCCUACCCCAGUUUCGCAACAUGUUUCCCAUCCAUCGCAGAGCACGCGCCGUCGGCGUUGAAGAUCUUACAUGGGAAUAUGGUAGGGAGACUAGAGGGCUUUGCGAAGGCGGAGUUCGAGACGAUUUUGAAGGAGCGGAAUGUGGUGGAGAAUCUGAAUAGACUCGAGGAUUUGAUUGCCGAGGCGAGGAGGAGGAGGGCGAGGGGGUUGGAUGGGGGGAAGGGUGAAGUUGUGCCACCACAUACUCUCUCUGCGCCCUCCCUCCUCCGCUCACACACCACGCCUCUGCAUCAAUCGCAGCAGUCACACCUCAAUGCCAAACUGCAAACCACAGAAUCGCAAAACGCAACACUGAUAGAGGAGAUUAGGAGACAGAGGGCGGAGAUUGAGGAGUUGCUUAGUAUGGGUGAGAUGCUGGUUAAGGAUUUGGAGGGUGCUGGGAGGAGAUUGGGUGAGAGGGGUGAGGAGUUGGCGAGUAAGGGGAGGGAGGCGGAGGGGGUGUUGGCGGAGGAGCAUUGAGGUUGGUUUGGAGUGAGGACCGGGAUACGGAGUAGAGACUGGGGGCUUUUCCUUUACAUACUUGGUUUGGGUUAUUGGAAUUCUGCAUAGGGUGAGGGAUUGUUUGGUCUGGUUUGGUUGGGGGCUGGAAAACGGCGUUUGAGGUUGGAGAUCUCAGUCAUAUGGUAGGCUGGACUCUGAUGGGAAGCAUAUACCAGGACAGGCAAGGAAUGCUUUCUAGGACAUCAGCAUAGUACGAAUUCAAGGAUAAUGCAAGAAAUUCGCUCAAGCUGUCCUUAGUGAAAUGUGGUUUUGCUACUAUUGCAAAGCCAGACAGCAGAUAGAAGUAAAUCA